UAGUGGCAUUUUCCAGACCCGGGCGCGAUGAGAAAUGCCGCCAUUUCUUGACGCUGUUUCCCUCCAAUUCCGUCUCUUCUGUAAGGCUUUGAUGCCGGCGUGAAACCCAGAUGAGGUGCUAUCCCUCGAGAUCCGAGAAGAAACGGUCGUCGGUUGGGCGUCUAGAGCCACCUCGUCGUCAAUGGAUGUGUCUAGGGUUAGGUCGUGGAGGACAGCAUUUUUGACGCUCAGGGACGAGGCGGCAACGUCGACGGCCACGUCCAUCCCGUCGGUUCUGUCGCUCCUUCGGAACCUCGCAUCUCAGUCGGAGAUCAUUGUGCCUGCGGCCUCGAAUCUUCCGUCUCGCGAGGUUGCUUUAGACGUGAUGCUGCUUGUGGAACUGGCUUCAAGUGUUCCAGUAGUUAAUGAUACUGCCGAUACAGUUGUUCAAAUUUGUCACUUGAUUUAUGACAUUAGUUGCCGAAAGCAGCUGGAGUUGAACUCAAAUUGCUGUAUUCUUAUGUUUGGAUUUAUUGAGAAGGUUGUAGAAUGCUUGAAUUCCUAUACUGCAAAAAGGGCUCCUAUGCAACAGUUUGACUUGAAGAGGACUUUAUCAGGGGCCUUACAUAUCCUUGGCGAAUUGGUGAACAGGACUUGUGGAAACUGGUCUGUGCGCGAGAAUUCUCAAUUGGUUAAAGUUCUUCUUCGUGUUGUUUCAUUUUUGCGAGAACAUUUGUCUACCCGAUCAUAUGCACAGGCCUAUCGUGAUAGUAUUUCUACAAGAACCAAGAUCAACCAGCCUGAAAAGUUGUGGGAGAUUCAGAGUGUAGCAUUCUCUAUGUUAGGGGAUGCAUUCUUAAGAACUGGAUCUUCUUUUCCAAAUGACAUGUGGCAAUCAACGCUUGAGGUUUUGAGAAUGGAAAUGAACAUAUUGGCUUCAAGGAACACCCUUGCUGAAGAAAUUAUCAUGUCUAAGUAUUAUGCUUCUUUAUUGCGAUGUCUGCACAUGGUACUUGUGGACCGAAAGGCACCUCUUUCUGAACAUGUUGCUAGUUUUGUGGCAGCACUGAAAAUGUUCUUCACAUAUGGUCUUUCUCGUACUUCGUUGCUAAGUUGUUCAAAUGCCAUUAGUAGCACUGCAGAACAUGGCUCUUCAAACAGGAUUUCUAGACUAGAGGAUUCUACAAAAAAUGAGCACGGACACUAUCGACCUCCACAUCUAAGAAAAAGAGAGAAAAUGAAGAUGCAGCCACUGAAUGACAGUGGAUCUGAAAGUUUUUUACCAUCUACAACUGGUUAUACUACAUCAGAUUCUGAACAGAGUGAUAAUGAUGGACAGUCUAAGAUUGCAGACCGUUAUCGAAGCUCUAAAGCUAGGACAGCUGCUAUUAUCUGUCUACAGGAUCUCGCCCAAGCUGAUCCAAAAUCUCUAAUUUCUCAAUGGUCAAUGCUCUUGCCAACAAAUGAUGUCUUACGGCAAUGGAGCUACCAGCCAACUCUGAUGACAAGCUUGCUUUUUGAUCCAGUAAUGAAGACACGGAUGGCAGCUGCUUCAGCAUUGGCUGCAAUUCUAGAUGGGUCUUCCUCUCUGCUGUUGCAAAUAGCAGAAUAUAAGGAAUUCCCUAGACGUAGCUCAUUUACAACACUUUCGAUCUCUCUUGGCCAAAUUGUGGUGCAACUUCAUUCAGGACUUCUUUACCUGAUCCAAAAUGAAACUCAUAGUGGAUUGCUGCCUUCCUUGUUUAAAGUUCUUAUGCUUUUGGUUUCUGCUACCCCAUAUGCUCGGAUGCCCGGAAACCUACUGCCUACUGUUAUUGCUACAGUGCAUGCAAGAGCACAGGAGCUCUGUUCAGCUAAAAAUGAGGAGACCAGUUUAGUGGCUGCAGCUAUUAGUUGUUUGGGAGUUGCUUUUUCAAUCUCUCCUCCAUCUGUUGAAGUUAUGGAGCUACUGAAAGAAGAAAUAUCAACUGGGAAGUCUGGACUGAUUGCUUCACUGUUCCAAUUUGCGGAAGCUUUUAUCCAACCUAACAUAUCCUUUGAAGCUUUCCAGGCUCUCAAAUCACUCUUGCAUAACUACCCUAGUAUAAUCUCCACUUGUUGGGAUAAGAUUUCUACAUUGGUAAUGGAAGUUAUACAACUAUUUGGUUGUGAGAGUCCUGAAUUGAACUCAUCAAAGGGUGAUCCUGGAAAUGUUUCAGGGGCAGGUGUAGUGAAAUGUAUUGUUGCAGCCAUUAAGGUUUUGGACGAAUCUUUACGAGCAGCUUCUGGAUUUAAAGGCAUGGAUGAUCAUUUGGACGACAAAUUAUUUGAUACAUUUGCUGAGUUUCCUAGAAGAAGCAAGGUGUCCUCAGCUCCUUUCUUUCAACAGAUAAAUGUUGUCGAGGUAUCAGAGGAAAAUCAUUUAUUGAACCCAGCUGGAAGCAGCCAGUGGAAUGAGGCUAUUGCAAAGCAUCUUCCUCCAAUGUUAUUGCAUGCUAAUGCAACGGUACGAGCAGCAUCAGUUACUUGCUUCUCAGGUUUAACCUCCUCCGUAUUUUUCUCUCUCACAAUGGAAAAGCAGAGAUUUGUUCUUUCUUCUAUUAUCAGCACUGCAUUGUACGAUAAAAUUCCAUCUGUCAGGUCAACUGCUUGUCGAGCUGUUGGUGUCAUAGCAUGCUUUCAACAAAUUUCUUUAAAAGAUUUAGGGGAGCUUGUCCGUGCUGUGGAGGUCAACACACAUGAUGAGCUAGUUUCGGUAAGGAUAACUGCCUCUUGGGCUUUGGCAAACAUAUGUGAUGUGUUACGUUGUAAAAGUGGCAGUGCAGAAAUUGAUCACUGUUUGGCUGGUCGUAAUUCUGGUUUGCUGGCCCUUUUAGCUGACUGUGCUUUACAACUGGCUCAUGACAAUGAUAAGGUCAAGGCAAACGCAGUAAGGGCACUCGGCAAUCUGUCAAGAUUUUUGGACUUAAAGGGUGUAAAUUAUUCAAAUUGGGAUAGCUGCAGCAUGGGUCACACAUCCUUGCGUGAAGCAGAAGGAAGUCCUAUACCUAGAUCAAUGGACAGCUCAUAUUGGCUAGAAAAAGUGGUGCAAACUUUUGUUUCAUGUGUUACUACUGGAAAUGUUAAGGUCCAGUGGAAUGUCUGCCAUGCUCUUGCAAAUCUUUUCCAGAAUGAAACAUUGCUGUUACACGCAAUGCCUUGGGCGCCCUCUGUGUACAGUAUUCUUCUCCUCCUUAUCCGUGACUCAUCAAAUUUCAAGAUUCGAAUUCAUGCUGCUUCUGCAUUGGCUGUGCCAGCGGAAAGAAGCGAUUAUGGAGAUUCUUUUGCUGAUGUUCUGCAAGGUUUGGUGCAUGUCCUUGAAAUUUUAAAUUCCGACCAAGUUAUAAUACCCUCAAGCUUGAAGUACAGAGAUGCACUUGAGGAACAGUUAGGAUCAACCACAAUGCAUGUGCUUAGCCUUACUUCACCGGAUGAUCCACGUCCUGUUAAAGACUUCCUCCUAAAGAAGGCAUCAUUCUUAGAAGCUUGGUUUGAGUCCAUUUGUAAGUCUGUUGCACCUAUCGGUUAUGUGGAUAAUCAAGACGAAAGUCAUGCCUCUGCUCGAAGGAAGGUGAUGGUUGUGAGGUCUUUGAGAUCUUUAAUUCAGCUAUAUGAAUCAUGCAAUAGUCAGAACCUUGCAGAAAAGUUUCGGAGACUCGAGAGUUGUUAUCUUGAUGCCUGUAGUUCCACUUAAGGCUGUUGUAAAACAUAACAUGACGUUUGUCAAUAUAGUUCAUCGAGGCCUGGCACAAGUUCAAGCUUCAUGUAAAUUCUACAGUGAAAAAUUGGUAGUCACUCUUAACGCAUUCUUUCCGUCGCCGCUAA